AUGUUAAUUGUCAACAACACCAAAUUAAACUAUGCCAUGUUCCUUCUCACCGGGAUAUCAGAACAGGAAGACAUUCAUCUGUGGAUCUCUAUCCCUUUCUGCUUAGUAUAUACUAUUUGUAUAUUAGGAAAUUCAGUCAUUCUCUUCAUUAUAAAAACAGACCCAGGCCUCCAUGAGCCCAUGUACAUUUUUCUCUCCAUGCUGGCCCUCGCCGACCUUGGCUUAUCGAUAGCCACCAUGCCGACCAUACUGGGCAUAUAUUUGUUUAACUCCAGGAAGAUCAGCCUCAAUGCCUGUAUUGCCCAAGUGUUCUUCAUUUCUGUGCUUCAAUGCUCUGAAUCUGCCGUGCUCUUGUUAAUGGCCUUUGACCGCUGCAUCGCCAUCUGUAACCCACUGAGAUACACCUCCAUCUUAACCCUGCUGAGAAUAGGCAAGAUGGGGCUAGGGUGUGUGCUAAGAUCAGUUCUCAUAAUACUCCCACUGCCCCUUCUUCUGAGGCAGUUCCAGUACUGUCGAGGAAAUGUCCUCUCCCAUUCCUACUGCCGGAACGAGGACAUCAUGAAGUUGGCUUGUUCGGACACCAGAGUCAACAGUAUCUAUGGCUUGUCUAUUGAAAUCUUAACGAUGGGAUUGGACUCGCUGCUCAUUUUCUUCUCUUACGUGAUGAUCCUCAAAACAGUGCUGAGCAUCGCAUCCCAUGAGGAAUGCCUCAGGGCCCUGAACACCUGUGUCUCCCACCUCUGUGCCGUCCUGCUCUUCUACACGCCAGAGAUCAGCUUGUCUAUUCUACCCAGAUUUGGGAAUAGCUCUUCUCCCUUGCUUCAGAUUCUUCUUAGCUACAUUGGCCUACUGGUGCCUCCCCUGAUGAACCCAAUUGUGUACAGCGUGAAAAGCAAAGACCUUCGUGCGAGGAUCAUCAGGGUAUUUGCACACAGAAGGAUCCAUUCAUAA